AGGUCACCAAAAAACAGCGCCGGGAACUGACCAAGAAGUUUGCGGAUGUUGGCAGCACCACGCUGCCGGACUCAGCAGAUGAGGUCACCGAGACGCCCACUUUUUCUAGCGCCAGCCCCACCUUGAAGGCACCGGUCGACAGCCGCAAGCGCAAGUUCUCCGAGGACGGCGAGGCCGUGCCGUCGCCGGCGACGCCGCCCGAGGCGCUGGAGCUGUCGGAGUUGUCGGAGCGGUCGACGGAGCGCGCGGCGGAGCCGGCGGCGAAACGGCCACGGCGGCCCAGGUGCCUGACACGCGUGCGGCAGAUCGAAUCAGUGGUAGAUGCCUUUGCCAGAAACUUGGUCAACCAGCGGACGGAAGAGGACAUUGACGUCACGGACGCCUAUGGCAUGGAACUCCUCGAGAGAUGCGCCUCGAACUGUCGCUUCUUCCGCAAUGUGCUCUGCGCUUCCGGGACGCCCCAAGGAGGUGUGGCGCUCGAUGCACAGCUAGUGAGGGGCGCAGUGUUGGAAUAUGAAAACCUGGAAGAUCUCUGAUCUCGCCGCGGCCUCCACGGCUGGUGGUGGCUUUGUCAACUAUGG